AUGGCAACUCCAACUACUGGAAGUGAACGACAUGAUGAAGACACAUCUAAAUUACCUCAUCCUUUAGGAUUUCACACUGAUCAUCAUGAUAUUCAAACAUUUAGUGAAACGAAAUUCUUAUCUCAAGAGAGGAUCAACUCUUCUAUUUUAUCAGGACAUUACACCCAUUUGUUGAAUCCAUUGUUAUCCAUUGACAGUCAUAAUCAGUGGGAUAUAAACAGUAUUCCACAUGAUUUCGAUCAGCCAUCUACUUAUUUUAAAUCACUUUCUGAUGUCAACAAUAAAAUGAAAUACCUACCUGCCAAUGAAAAUUGUUUUACUCAACCCUGUGUAAAUAAUGAUUUACCAUUUCUGGAUUCAGUACAGUCGACAAGUGGUCUUAAAAAUUCAUCUAACCUAUUACUUGACUGGCAAAAUACUCCAUAUUGUUGUUCGUCAUCCACGUCUGUAGUGUCACCAUCUAACUCACAAACAUCCAACAGUAAUUACAACAAUUCACGACCUCAACGAUUUCAACAUGUUUACAGCCACGUGCUAAAUGGUUGUUCCAUCCAUGAUUAG